GAUCCUACGGCCCAGAUCUACCUUCAAUUCAAACUUAAAUCGAACCAAAACCCAUUCUGACCGUUUAAACAUAAGUCUCUCUCUCUCUCUCUCUCUCUCUCUCUCUCUCUCGUUCUAGCUCUGCAGAUCUCUCUCUCGCUCUCUCUAACAUCAAGAACUCCCUCGGCGGCCAAGACUUUCGGAAACUCUCUUGCCAAAGUCUAUCUGAUUUCUCAAACAAAGAGAAGUCAUGGAAGAUCGGGUCCUAGAAACCCUCCCGGAGAAUUGCGAAUGCCCUGUCUCUGUUGAAAAGAUGGAGCACUCUUCAACUACUGACACUGAUCAAGAUCAACAAAAUAUUCCGAUGGAUGAGAACUAUAUGUCAAGUGAAAUUCAAGAAAGCAGUCCAGAACAAGAACAGAAACUCCCAAUAUUUCAGAAAAUUGAUGAUCUGAGUGCCAAAAUCCAGAACUUGAAGAAGGAGCACACAGUUCUAUCUGAUCAAGUGAGGGGCAUCACAACAGAUUCCUUACCCAACUCUGAAGUUUUUCGUGGAUUUCAGCUUCUCAGUUCUGAACAUGAACUUUUGAAGAGGAAAUACCUUGAGGAGUGCUCUGAGCGGAAGCGGCUCAACAAUGAAGUGAUUGAGCUCAAGGGCAAUAUCAGAGUCUUCUGCAGAUGUAGACCUUUAAACCAAGAUGAAAUUGCAAGCGGGUCAACUACUGUAGUUGAUUUUGAUUCUUCUCUAGAAAAUGAGCUACAGAUUAUAUGUUCUGAUUCUUCAAAGAAACAAUUUAAGUUUGACCAUGUGUUCAGGCCUGAAGACAACCAAGAGGCUGUUUUUGCACAAACAUCGCCUAUUGUGACUUCAGUGUUGGAUGGGUACAAUGUUUGCAUAUUUGCCUAUGGACAAACUGGGACUGGGAAGACAUUUACCAUGGAAGGAACGCCAGAAAAUAGGGGAGUUAACUACAGAGCUCUGGAAGAAUUGUUCCGUAUUUCCAAGGAGAGAUGUAGUAUUAUGAGAUAUGAAUUGUUUGUGAGCAUGUUGGAGGUCUACAAUGAAAAGAUAAGGGAUUUAUUGGCAGAGAAUUCUAAUCAGCCUACUAAAAAGUUGGAGAUAAAGCAAGCUGCAGAGGGUACUCAAGAGGUGCCGGGACUUGUUGAAGCUCAUGUUCAUGGUGCCAAUGAUGUGUGGGAACUACUUAAGUCUGGGAGUCAAGUCAGAUCUGUUGGAUCAACUAGUGCAAAUGAGCUAAGCAGCCGUUCUCACUGCUUGUUGCGAGUGACAGUUAAGGGGGAGAAUAUGGUAAGUGGACAAAGGGCAAGAAGCCAUCUUUGGUUGGUAGAUUUGGCUGGCAGUGAACGUGUGGGGAGGAUUGAAGUUGAGGGUGAAAGGUUAAAGGAAUCCCAGUUCAUAAACAAAUCCCUCUCUGCGCUUGGUGAUGUUAUAUCUGCUCUUGCAUCUAAAACAGCCCAUAUUCCCUACAGGAAUUCAAAGCUCACUCAUUUGCUGCAGAGCUCCCUAGGAGGAGAUUGCAAGACCUUGAUGUUUGUUCAGAUCAGCCCCGGUGCUGCAGACUUGGGUGAGACCCUCUGCUCACUGAACUUUGCCAGCCGAGUACGGGGGAUUGAGUAUGGUCCCGCACGUAAACAGGCGGACCUCACUGAGCUUUUCAAGUACAAACAAAUGGCAGAGAAGUUAAAACAAGAAGAGAAGGAAACAAAGAAAUUACAGGAUAGCUUUCAAUCUUUGCAGUUGAAGUUUGCUGCCAGAGAACAUAUCUGCAGGAGUCUCCAAGAGAAGGUUCGGGACCUUGAGAACCAAUUAGCAGAGGAAAGGAAGACGAGAUUAAAACAGGAAAAUAGAGCCAUCGCAGCUGCUGCUUCCAAAUCGUCAUCUCUAAAACAAGCACAGAGGGCGACAGUUACAGAUAAAAAGCCACCAUUGGCUCCUUCAAAGCAUAGGUUGCCAUUGAGAGGAAUCACCAAUUUUUUGCCCCCAGCCACUACUAGCUUCAGAACUGGCACUUCCACUUCUUUUUCAUCUUCAGCAGACGACAAGGAAAACAUGUCCAGAACAAUAAUGGCAGCAGCCAAGACAAAAACACUUAUGACAGCAAGGCGCGGUUCCAUAGCUGUCAGGCCCUCUCAAACAACAUCAUCACAGGCUUUGCAGACUAGGAGGCGGGCCUCCAUUGCGACCUUCCACCUGGAGUCGAACUCACACAUGACACCUCUCAACAGCUCAUCCACCCGAUUGAAAAACAACCGUGCAAUGGGUCGGCAAUCAUUUUUGUGGGACCCUCAAAGGAUGUGGCGUGUAUCAAGAGUGAGCUCUCCUUUGCCAAGAUCGGGGACAGCAGCUGCUGUGGACGCAACUCCAAUUGGUGAGAAGAAGAGCAGCAAAUUCAUGGGGAGUCCUCCUGUGCAGGCAGGUUCUUCAAAGCUGAGGCAUUCAGCAGUUGUUGCACUGCAAAGGAAACCUGUAGUGUGGAGUCCUCUCAAGUUGAGAGGCAUUAAGAAUUACAGGAAGUCAUUGUUGCCGUCUUGAUCUGUGUUGGUUGGAGUCCAAUCUCCAAGAAUUGUAAUCACUCAAUCUUUCCAAAUUUCCUUUGUUUUUUACUUUUUGGCGAUGUAUGCCUCUUGCUUACUGAUACAACCUUGUUUUUUGAACUAUGGUUUUUAGUCUAUUUUUUCAUUUUUAAUAAAUAAAUUUUGUGGCCAUUCAAAA